GAAGGCAAACCACCAAUGUAUGGUGACUUUGAAGCCCAACGACAUUGGAUGGAGAUCACAUACCAUCUUCCUGUUCGAGAAUGGUAUGUGAAUGGUACAGAUAACGAUCUGCUUUACUGGGGCCUGGAUUAUCCUCCUCUGACCGCCUAUCACAGCUAUAUCAUGGGGUUCUUAGCACACGUCAUCAAUCCAUCAUGGGUUUCAUUGCACUCUAGCAGAGGAAUCCAAAAUACAACCCACAAAAUGUACAUGCGUCUCAGCGCUAUUCUUCCAUUUCACAUAUUUUAUGUACCUGCUGUUCUACUCUUCAUAUUUUACGAGAAAACAUAUGAAUUGAAAGCAAAUUCUUUGAUGCCACUGAUCUUGCUGUAUCCCGGUCUGAUAGCCAUUGACAAUGCCCACUUUCAGUGA